AUGGCCUCUUCAAAGGAAAUUCAAACAUCGACGAGGCCAUUGACACUGCACCGUCAAUCGAUAUCCGUAGGCUCGGGAAACCAUCUUGCCGCAACUCGACUUCCUUCUCACUCGCGAACCAAUUCCCACACGCACGCCCACUCGGCCCUCUCCGGUGCCCUCAAUGCUACCCACCGCGUUACACGUCGGAAGAGCAUGACGAACACGGCCACCAAUGUUGCCGCCGUGGCCGCUGCUCUUACCGAGGCCGGCGAAAAAAUGACACCUCUCUCCAUUGCACCAGGCUCCCGCCGCGGUACCAUGUCCAAGCCGUCCGCCGCUCGAUCAACUACCUCCGGCAGCCUCCCGUCUCCUCCCCAAAGCCUGCCGAGUCAUAAAUUCGUAAUGUCCGGGAAAAUGGAGGUGCAGGAUAGUGCCAUCGACGACGACUCUAAUGAUAUGUCGGCUGAUGAGGGAGAGAACGAACCCCAGAAAGCUCGCAUUCGACGUGCUAGUGACGGCCAGCCUCUGACCAAGGAAGGCAAGAAGAGCAAUCGCAUCGAGCUUCGCUGUGAUAAGUGUGGGAAAGGAUACAAGCAUAGCAGCUGCUUGACCAAGCAUUUGUGGGAGCAUACUCCCGAGUGGUCAUACACAUCCAAGCUGCUCAUUUCUAAACACCAACAAGUCCAGCUCCUGGAGGCGGCGUCGGUGCUGGUUCAGAUGAACACCAACGACGCCCCGACGCCUCCAGAUUCUGCCAGGGACUUUGCUAGCGAACCCGAGUCCGCAUCCCCCGCCGCUUCUGGAUACUCUGAACCGCACGACGGACGCAGCUCAGCAGAUACAACUCCACCGCCGCAGGUCGAAGCGUACCAUACGAGUAGCACACUGGCCUAUCACAACGCGCCUAAGAGGUACAGCAGCGGCAGCGGCUAUUCGCGAUCUUAUCAGUCGGCCGCUUCUAGUGGAUACCUCGCCGGAAGUGUACCGAAUGGGUCUGCGUUUGGACAUAACCGGCACGGUAGCUCGGACCGGCGCCCCCCUUCUUCCGGCAUGAACAUCACUGGGCAAGAAGACCGGGAUCUCGCCGCAGCCGUGGAAUUACUAAGUUGUAGCUUCGGCAGCAGCGGAGGCUCUCGAGAUGCCCGACUUCCUGACGAUGCGCCUCCUGUCCCCCCACUGCCUGCUCAAUACCUCGACCAGGCAGCCUUCACCAGCACUAGCUUCCUGCACAGUUAUUCCUCCCGACAGAUGCCGGAAAGUUUUACUCGAGGUGAAUUUCGUCACACUGAAGACGUGAAGAUGGAGGAUAGUGAAGGGAGCGUCAUGGAUGAUGAUGAAGACGAUGGUGUCUUUGGCCGCAUGGAGGAAUGA